AUAAAAUCAGAGCUUAAAACGUGUCAUUACCGCCUCUAAUUACGCCAAUCUUUUCAUCCAAUCUCUCCUUCGCUGAAAAUCUCAAAAUUGGUUACACUCACAACUCCUCCUCCCGAAUUCCUAUCCACAAUUUUUAAUUAAAUAGAUGGAUGAUCAUGUGAGUAAAGUGCACACACUGGAACUGAACUAAACCAUCUGAUUCUGCAAAUAACAUCGAACCCGAAUGGAAAACGAAGAAGGGCCGAGAUCAAACAUGGCAACAGUCACCACCACCUGGGUAAAUGAAGAAGAAUCACAACAAGAACCCAAAAAGAAGCCUCGUCUUAACAAAUACGCACUUGGAUGUGCUAUUUUGGCUUCCACUAAUUCCAUUCUCUUGGGUUAUGAUAUUGGGGUGAUGAGUGGGGCAGUGCUAUCAAUCAAGGACCAGUUCAAUAUUACAAGUAGUCAGGUGGAAAUCUUGGUGGGCUCUUUAAAUGUGGUCUCCUUGUUCGGAUCAAUUGCUUCCGGCAAAACUUCUGAUUACAUUGGACGGCGCUACACCAUCGUGGUCGCCGCGAUGACGUUCUUAGUCGGUGCCCUUGUGAUGGGUUCCGCGCCAAACUACGGCGUGCUCCUCGCCGGAAGGGUCAUCGCCGGAAUCGGGGUCGGUUACGCCCUCAUGAUAUCGCCGGUGUACGUAGCAGAGGUGUCUCCGACGCUGACGCGUGGCUUCCUCUCCUCACUUCCCGAACUAUUCAUCAACAUAGGAAUUUUAAUUGGGUACAUAGUUAAUGUUGCUCUGACCGAUGUUUCCCAAAAAAUUAACUGGAGGCUGAUGCUCGGAUUAGCCGGCGUUCCGGCCGUCGGAAUUAUAAUCGGAGUUUUGCAAAUGCCGGAGUCUCCCCGUUGGCUCGUCAUGAAAGGCAGAGUUGAAGAGGCCAGAAGGGUUUUGAGGAAAACUUCCGAGACUGAAGAGGAAGCUCAGGAUAGACUCGAUGACAUAACCAAGGCGGCUACUCAGGCAGUCGGCCCGAAUGAUAUCGACCCGGAGUCAUCGAAAUCGGCCACCGAACAAGAUUGGCACGGCCAAGGUGUUUGGAAGGAAAUCUUCAUGCCGACCAGGCAAAUUCGCCGGAUUUUAAUCAUAGCCGUCGGAAUAAAUUUCUUCAUGCAAGCUUCCGGUAAUGAUGCGGUGGUGUACUAUACUCCGUCGGUGUUCAAGAACGCCGGCAUCAAAACCCGGAAAGGGUUAAUCGAGGUGACGAUCAUAAUGGGCCUGGCUAAAACCUCUUUCGUGUUGGUCUCAGCCCUCUUCCUCGAUCAGUAUGGUAGGAGGCCGUUAUUAUUACUGGGCACGACUGGACAGGCUCUUUCUCUAGCUGGGUUGGGAAUUAGUUCGAUGUUCCUUCAGCAUGCUCAUAAGAAGCCCGUUUGGGCUAUUGCAAUGAGCAUAGUCGCUGUGUGUGCUGACGUGUCAUUCUUUUCAAUUGGGCUUGGGCCAAUAACAUGGGUUUACACAUCGGAGAUAUUCCCGAUCAGGUUAAGGGCCCAAGGUUCAGCCCUGGCGGUUUCAGUGAACAGGGUGGUGAGUGGGGCAGUGUCCAUGUCAUUCCUCAGUGUUUCAGAAAAGAUCACAUUUGGGGGUACUUUCUUUGUGCUCUCCGGAGUCAUGGUGAUAGCCACCAUUUUCUUCUUCUUUUUCUUGCCUGAAACAAAGGGCUUGGGCUUAGAGGAAAUUGGGGAAAUCUUCGAGGAUAAAGAGGACCAAAAACGUAGUAGUACUAGUAAGGAAAGUGAAAUGACUCCUGUUACAUAGCUUUUUCUCUAUCUUUGCUAGUUUACAAGUUUGUAAUGGUUAACGAUUUGUAUUACAUCUGAAAGUUAAUAGGGUUAUUCGACGAGGGUUAUAUUUGGUUGUCGAAAAAUAAUCCAAUCACAAUAGAUUAUGA